AAGUUGCAUGCACUAGCUGAAGGCCUGAAACCCAGUUCUUCUUCUUCUACUCUACUGUAAUAUAAACCCCAUCUUUGAUAUUGCUGCACUUAUCUUAGCUUCAUUAUUGUUCAAAAUGGAUGAACUCCACAAGUUAGCCAAAGCCUACUACCGAGCAGGCUCGCCGGAGCUGAAAAACGAAGCCCAGGAGCUGUUCAACAGCCUCGACAACGACGGAGAUGGCCGCGUCGACAAGAACGAGUUCUUGACCUUCAUGACCGAACAGGGCUACCAAUGCAUGAGCACCAAGAGAUUCUUCAACGAGCUCGACACCGACGGCAACCACACGUUGGAUUUCUGGGAAGUCAUGACCCUUCUGUAUAUUUUUAAGAGCGGGAGGCCGUUCUGCGAUGGGUGUGGGCGAUUCAUUCCGGCCACUUUUUUCACCUGCCUUCAGUGCCCCAACUAUGAUCUCUGCAUUUCUUGUUAUGAGAAUGGCAAGUCUGGGCAUAAUCACCAAUUCAUGGAUAAUUAUGCUCUCUUGGCGGUUAAGAAGAGAGCAGAGAUGAAUGAAGAAGAAGAGACUGAGGAUGUAAACAUCGUAUCUCACCAUUCAGUUUCCACAUACGAUGAUGAUGAUGAUGAUGAGUCAUACACCGCUAUGCAUGCCAUUGUUGCAGCAAAUGUUCCAGCAAAAAAAUUUAGGAAACGGAAGCUUGCUCUCAAAGCAUUGCAGAUAGCACUUCACGUUGGAAAUAAUUGUAGCAUCAUGUGACCAACAUCAAAACGUGUCCGUGCUACCUAUGAU